AUGCCGCCUGCGCCCACUCCCGUCCAAGUUGUCGAUGCCCCUGAGGCACCUGAGCAGGUGGUCGUAGUUGACAAGCCCAUCGUCGCCCCUGAGCCAGCCGAGAUACCCGAAGCUCCCGAGUCCGUCAUCAUUGCUGAGCCCAUCAUUGCCCCUGAGCCAGCUGAAACACCCGAAGCUCCUGAGUCCGUUGUCGUUGCAGAGCCCAUCAUUGUCGCCCCCGCUAUCGUCCUUCCUGAAAUUCUCAAC